GCAUUUGAGAUGGGCGGUUCUUCUCACUUCCCCUUGUGGCGCAUGCAAAUUUGUUGCUUGAGCUCCCUUCCCUCGUGCACGGCGGCGAAGAUUCGCGCCGCUAACCGUUCCGUCGGCCUCAUCCGAUGAUCCUUUGACCCUCGCUCGGUGGGACGCGCCUCUGUCUUGGCCGACCCCAUCCACCAGUGUAACCCACCCGUCCGGUGACAGUCCACGCCUCCGCCUCACCCACGACCGCUCCUCCCUCGCCUUCUCUUUGCCCUCCCGCUCCUCCCGAAACGCCAAGACGGAGAGGAAAAGAGGACAAGAGCGAACCGACGCCCACCGGCGAGAUGAAACCGUCCAAGAAGAAAUCGAGCAAGAAGAAGAAGCCCUCGCCAGCGAUCCCGGCCCAUCCGGCGGGGGUGGCGGAUUCCUCGGGGGACUCGUGCUCUCCGGGGUCCGAAACCCUAACCCUAGCAGCGGCGGCUGCUUCGGAGACGGAGUCAAGCAGCAGCUGCGAGGCCUCGACGUAUACGUCGGCCUUCACGUCGGGGACCGCCUCCACCUCCUCCUUCUCCGCCUUCUCGUCCUCCGCCUCCACCGCGUCCUCGUCGGCCGCUGGUGGCGACGAGCGGCGCGACCUCGCGUGGCUGCUCGACGCCUUCGCCAGCGCCACCAUCGACCAGGUCGACUCCGCCUACAGGGAGACCGGCGGCGACCCGUUCCUGGCCGCCGGCGUCCUGGGCUCCUCGCAGGACACGCAACCUCCGCAGCCGCCACAGCCGGCUCCGCAGCCCCCGCCGCCGCCGGAUCUCUCGCCGCGCGGUGGAUCUGGUAGAAAGAAGGCUGGUCGGAGGCCAAAGAGGCUCGCUGUGGCCGCGACUGGCAUGGUCGCUGGCGUCAUUGGCAAGGACUACACUCGGUCUGCCACUCCUGUAAGCGUGACCAAUGCGUGCAAGGGUAGAGAUGGGGAGGGAGAUGGCGGGUGUGGUGGGCGCAAGUACAGUGUUGAAGAGGCCGAACAGUUCCUAUGCUCCAUGCUCGGGGAUAAUUCCGACCUUGGCAUGGGCGUGGUUAGAGACGUGCUCGGUCAGUAUGUGUAUGAUGUUGAGAAGGCCUUGGAUGCGCUGCUUGAUAUCUCUGGUGUGUCUUCCGUUGAAAACAUUGAAACGUGUUAUGCAAAUGCUGAAAGGAACGGUGCCCACUAUCCAAAUAUAUUCCCAGGAAAUCGAAUAUCUAUGGACAACUUGACUGCAGUCAAUAAACAAAAUCCAUUCCAGUCGUCAGAUGAGAUAUCCACCAGAAUGAAACUCCAGUCUGAACUAGAACACGGGUUUCUGUGGGGUGAGCAUCGAAUCAGCUAUGCGGAGGCUGUUUUGGAAGUGCCAAGGUCAGCAACAUCGCCUUCGAGAUCAACAGCAGUGAAAACUAACCCGCAGCAGGUCUUGGAGUCAUUGUUUAAAAUACCAGAAAUACGCACAUAUGAACCAAGUUCUAUGGACUGGAAAAAGGUAGUAAAGAAGCUGCAAUCAUUCAAUUCUACCAUCGCAUCAAACAAUCAAGAAAGGCCUAAAAUUGGGGAUGGCUAUCGAGAGUUCCGUGGUGUUGCUGCAAGGCAUUAUGAUACAAUGAAAGAGUACUAUCAGAGAGCUGCACUGGCAUAUUCCAAGGGAGACAAAUCAUAUGCUUCUUACCUUGCAGACGAGGGGAAACAUUAUCGAGAAUUGGCUCGCAUGGAAGAUGAGAAGGCCAGCAGGAAGAUAUUUGACGCCAGAAAUAAGCAUAUUACAAAUACAGUAACUAUCGACUUGCAUGGCCAACAUGUCAAACAAGCUAUGAGACUUCUCAAGAUUCACAUGAUGAUCUGCGUUUGCAUGCCAUCUGUCCUUCUGAGAGUAAUUACUGGUUGUGGUUCAGAAGGUUCAGGGAAGGGAAAAAUAAAGCGAACGGUUAUAGAGCUUGUGGAGAAGGAACAUAUUGAAUGGCGUGAAGAGAACUCUGGAACCAUAGUACUGCGACUUGGUGGGCCAAGGGAGUAUGGUUUUCUUGAGAAUGAUAGUGAUACUGAUUAAGUUAAAGCCAUGGGUGCCCCUUUUAAGGAGACUUAGCAUAGAUUAACAUCUGUUCUAAGCUAUGUAUCUCCUGUAUCUAUCUAUAUUUACAUGUGUUGUAAUUACGGAUAGGCGACCUAGGUUCUGAUGUAGGCUGUAGUUCUGACACAGAAGUUCAGUAAUAGCAACGAGAAAGUAUGUACUGUCUGA